GAUGACUAGCUACGCAUGCGUUUUCCUUUUCCCGCUCUUUCUCAGCCUCGUUUUGACAGAAGUCAGACCAACUGAGACAGACAUUCUUGUGUUACCCGCCAAAGUUUUCCGUGAGACGUUCGGAACUCUGCAGAGUGACAAAGAGAAGACAGAAAGAACUAAAUGGAAGCGGGAAAACCAUGAGAAGGGCACAAAAAUGCGAUGUAUUUGUCCUUAUAACAAACAAAGCGAAUGCGCAUGCGUAAAGGUAGAGACAGAGCUGAGUCGAUAUCCAGCAAAAAGGGAUAGACCUCAAAGAAUGAUACCUCUUGUUGAUGAAAGAAGCCAAGGAACGUGGUCUGUUUCCAAUCAAAUGUCACGUGAAAGACAGGAAGUGCCAGAGAUAAUUCGAAGUCAGUUUCCGGGUAGCAUCAUCACAAUAUUUUACAAACUCGCGCAGAACAACACAGCGCAAAGAUCCGCCGCCAUUGAUGAGGCCAGACGAAUUCAGCGUUUUAAAACAGAAGGAAUAUUAAAGAAGUCGACAUUAAGGUCUCCAACUACAACAAUUUUAGUGGAAAUGUCAGAAGCCUUUUCUAUAGACUACAUAAGGUUAUUCCAAAAGGAUUUAUCACUGUUUGGUGGGCGAUAUACACAACACAGUAGAAAGUUACAGAUGUGGACCUUUGGUAAGGGCUGUGGACAGAGAUGUGAGUGUGAUCCUAAAAAUAGUAAUGGAUGUGGGGCGGAGAACGGUGAAUGUUUUUGUCAGCCAGGCUGGUACGGUGUGAAUUGUAAUAGUAAAUGUGAAAACGGAAAAUGGGGAGAGAACUGUGAUAAAACAUGCACGUGCUACAACAAAGGGUCAUGUGACCAAGAAGACGGAAGUUGUAUAUGCCGUCCGGGUUUCAAGGGACCCAAAUGUUCGAAAGCGUGUAACGAUGGUUUCUAUGGAAACAGUUGUCGUUUUCAGUGUCAAUGCGGGCCAAACCAGACAUGUGAUCACGUGACAGGUCAAUGUAUUUCUACGACCUGCCCUGCAGGAUAUACUGGUCAGAUAUGUCAAUACGUGUGUCCUUCCGGUAGAUACGGUAUCCGGUGUAACGAGACCUGCCCUGAUUGUCAUAAUCAUGGCGUCUGUCAUUCGACAGAUGGUUCCUGUAUUUGUCCAAUGGGAUUCUAUGGAGCCACCUGUAGCAAACCCUGCCCAGAUGGUUUCUAUGGAACCGCAUGUAAAUCUAAAUGUUCUUGUGAGAAUGGCGCAAACUGCAGCAAAGUUGACGGAAAUUGUGACUGUACUUCCGGUUUCAUUGGUGUCAGCUGUUCUCAAAGUUGUCCUGAGGGAUAUUUUGGAAAACACUGCAGUAACUUAUGUGUCUGUAAGGGAGUAGAAUUUUGUCAUCCGGCCUAUGGAUGUAUAAGUCAACCAAAUAUUGCCAAAAUAACGAACAGUGAGGAAAAAGGUUCCGCCAGUGGACUGAUUGCCGGAAUCACGGUGACCGUGAUCAUUCUGACACUUAUAAUUGUUAUUAUGGUUAUCUACUACAAGAGACGCAUGGGUCGCCUUAAGUCCCAGAAUCGAGCUGUAAUGCAGUACAUUCAGUCAACAGAGGGCGCUGAUGCAGCCGGUAACUUGCCUGUUUCUGGAAUCAACAACCCUGUGUAUGUAUCUGACAAUCAAAACGUAUCCAACAUAGAGCGGGAAAUUCAACGUCAGCAGCGUCAGAGCAGUAACCAAGGAAACGCUUCCUUUAGUCCAAAAGAGGCUGCAUGUGGUGGAACUAAUGACCUCACAAUGGCUAAAAACGUAAAUUUUUCUUCACAUAAUGGAUGCGGUCCUACUAAUGACUUUGACGACGAUGAUGAAGUAGAUAGGUACACCACACUGAAGGACUUUCAAGCCAAGUUAGAUGAUAUAAAUAGAACUGAAAAUUUAGCAUGUGCAAAAAUGGACACCAAACAUGGAAAUAUGUACAACAACAUAAAAGUUAACAUGGAGGGUUACGAUAAUAUCUCCGUAGAUUCCACGAGUUCCGAUGAUUCAAUGGAAUUUCAAAAAAGACAAAAUAGAGAUUUCUAUCAAGAUUGA